GGUCUGAGGAGUGGUUUCCCCGACACCAGGAUGGGCCGUCUUGGACACGUUUGAAAAUAAGUGUGAAACACUCCAAUCGUGUGGGACGCGAUCAAGAUCCAACGCUGGACUGCAUGAGCCCUGGCCGGGUCGUCGAUUUGGAAUGGACAACUUGUUUCGCCGCUCACUCGCCGUCACCCGACCAAGGCAGGUCGCAGAGGAUGAAGCCGUAUCUGCAGACCCGGGGCCCCUUCUCAUCACUCCAAAGUCGGAGCGUGAUGAUCCUCCAGGUUGGACGGAGAUCGGCUUGGGUCGAUCCCACACGAUGCCGCCGAAUCGCUCCCGGAAUCCCGCUGCGUGCCGUCCUCUCAUCCGAUGCUGUCCGUCUCAAGAAGCCACCGCGUCACCCAGUAUGCCAACUUACUUUUUUGGCAGUAUACUGCAUCUGCCUUCCUCAAACGGACGAGCAGGAGACAUCUUGUGGUCGCUCGGCUUUUCCGAUAAGCUUGGCCAUUGUGGUGUGGAUGGCCGAGUCAGCCAACAAGACUUGUUCCACGGACAAUUGCACGCUGCGGUUACAUGGGGCCCGCUUCGUCCCAUUUUCUGCACUCGUCUCUGGUAGAUUCUGCGGGUUGAGCCUUUUCGGAUCCGACUUGUGGAUGAACAGACGCAGCAUGAAGACGCUCAAUUACCCGUUUGAUCGACACCCGCAGCGGAAGACGCAAGACAGACUCAACGGCAGUGGAAGCACGAGAAACCACGUGUGGACUAGGCCAAAUGUUAAUCGAGUUCGCGAGCCGUUGAUGAGGACAAGUGGCUGCGGACAAGACAGCGCUAGAGCGGUAGUUGGCGUUCUUCUAGAAUUAUAUCGGCAGAUGCUCCGGACCUAUCCGUGGUAGACUGGCGAUCGACAUCACCAACGCAUGCCCCGUCAACGAGGCGGCAGUAGGUCGGGUAGCU